CCGGGACGGGGACCAGGUGGCCGGGCCAGCCGGACCAUGGGCGGCCUGCGCCCCGGCGUCUUUCUGGGGCUCGGCCUCCUGUUGACACUGCUGAAAGUCAGAUCCCAGAAGGUUAAUUGUGCCCGGUGGUGCCCCCCAAACUCUACAUGUAUCAAUGCCACUGCCUGUCGCUGUAACCCGGGGUUCCUUCCUGUAUUUGGGGAGUUCAUCACCAACUACAUGGAGUUCUGUGAAGACAUCAACGAGUGUGCACCACCCCAGCAAGAGGACUGUGGAACCUUUGCCCAGUGCGAGAACGUGGAGGGGAGUUACUACUGCAUGUGCAACCCAGGCUAUGAGCUCGCUUCUGGGGGGAGAAGAUUCAAGAAUUCAAGUGAGAACACGUGUCGAGAUGUGAAUGAAUGUGAGUUGAAACCAAGCCCUUGCCGCAACACCACCUACUGCGUCAACAGUAUGGGCAGCUAUGAAUGCUCCUGCAGGCGGGGUUGGAGGCUGAAACCCGGGUCCCCCAAGGGCCUCAACACCACGGACUGUGAAGAAAUAGGUCUCCCUUCCUGGACCUGGAGCUCUGAGUUCAACCACCAGAGCCUCACCCACUUCUUCAAUAAUGUUCACACUCUGAGAAGAGACUUCAAGCCAAACUCCACCAACAAGAGUAUCCAAAAACUGAUUACAUUCAUGGAUGAGCUGCUGACGGACACCAAGUACAUGGAGGGCCUAGACCAGCGGUACCAAAUCGCCACCCAGCUGCUCUCGGGCCUCGAACAGAUGCUGCGGGCCCUGGCCCAGACCUUACCCGGCCCGUCCUUUACCUACCGUUCCCAGGACACAGAGUUGUCUGUGCUGGUGCGGAGGGAGGACGAGAAAGACGAUGGAGACAAGAGGGUCACUGUGGGCCAGUCCCGCGGGCGGGUGAUGCUGCAGUGGAGUGUGGCAGCCCCUGUCAACGACUCAGGCCCCACGGUGGUGGGCAUCCUCUCGAGCGAGAAAAUGCGGGACUUGGUGGACAACGCUUCCUUGGUCCUGGAGCUCGAGAAGGUAACGGAGCUGGAAACCGUCUAUGAGAGCCAGGUCCACGUGGCCCGGGUCGAAGUCCUCUCCGCGGUCAACUCCAUAUUCGUGAGCAACAACAACACAGAGACACUCGCCUCCAAUGUGACCUUCACCUUCUCCUACCCGGCGAAGACGCCGGCGCCUUUGCAGGAGCUGCUCUGUGCCUUCUGGAAGGCUGACCACAAUGGGAGUGGGUACUGGGCCACCCAAGGCUGCAAGACGCUAGGCAGCCGGAACAACAGCACCACCUGUGAGUGCGAACACCUGAGCAGCUUCGCCAUCCUCAUGGCCCACUACAAAGUGCAGGACCCGAGACUGGCGCUGAUCACCAAGGUGGGGCUGUCGCUGUCGCUGAUCUGCCUGCUGCUGUGCAUCCUCACCUUCCUGCUGGUGCGGCCCAUCCAGAGCUCGCGCACCACCGUGCACUUGCACCUCUGCAUCUGCCUCUUCGUGGGCUCCGCGAUCUUCCUGGCCGGCGUGGAGAAAGAGGGCGCCGAGGUGGGGCUGGGCUGCCGCCUGGUGGCCGGCCUGCUGCACUACUUCUUCCUGGCGGCUUUCUGCUGGAUGGGCCUGGAGGGCCUGGAGCUCUACUUCCUCGUGGUGCGCGUGUUCCAGGCUCAAGGGCUGGGAACUCGCUGGCUCUGCCUCUUGGGCUACGGGGUCCCCGGUAUCAUCGUUGGCAUCUCAGCGGCUGUGAACAGCGAGGGCUAUGGCCGCACCAGCUACUGCUGGCUGAACCCGGAAAAGGGCUUCCUCUGGAGCUUCCUGGGACCUGUGUGUGUCAUCAUUCUGUGCAACUCGGUCAUCUUUGUGAUUACGGUCUGGAAGCUCACUCAGAAGUUCUCUGAAAUCAACCCGGACAUGAAGAAAUUAAAGCAGGCGAGGGUCCUGACCAUCACGGCAGUGGCCCAGCUCUUGGUGCUGGGCUGCACCUGGGUCUUUGGCCUGUUCCUCUUCGACCCGAACAAUUACAUCCUGUCCUACAUCUUCACCAUUCUCAACUGCCUGCAGGGCCUCUUCCUCUUCCUGCUGCACUGUCUGCUCAACAAGAAGGUGAGAGAAGAGUAUUGGAAGUGGUUCUCUGUGGUCACCAGGAGCAAGUAUUCAGAGUUCACAUCCACGUCUGCCAGCAGCCACCAGCAGACCCAGACCCUCAGGCAGUCAGAAUCCAGCAUGUGAAGGUGGGUUCAGGACAGGCCUAAAGCCCAGUGACCUCGGCAGCUUCUGCACACACUGAGACCCCUGCUCUCCACCACCUGCUCCCUCUGCACUCCCGAGUGCCAAGGGGAGGGGAGGCAACGGCAAUGGUCUACCAGCUCCACGACACUGGACGGGUCGACCUGCUUCCAGCUGCUCCUCUGCUUCUACCCUGGCGGUCACAGUUGCAGCUCAGGGUGGGGAAGUAAGCUGGCCUGGGUCUCCCUUGCGGACAGGCAAGGCUCCUGUCCCCAACCUGACUCUUUCCCCUCAUUUAGCUUUGCUACAGAGCAGAGUGGGCAAAGGGCUGGGCUCCAGCUUCCCUUGCAAGCUAAGACUGAUGUCAGGGGCGAGGAUGGGUAGGGCUCAGGCCUCUGACCCCGCCACUUGAAGCUCACGGUACAGAGGCCCGACUGCAAAGGGCUCCAGUUGUUUUGGAGAUUGUGGGUGUUUGCAAUUUUUUUUAUCCGUCUGUCCUUUCCUUGUGGACACUUAACAUUCGAGAUCCCAGCGAUAUGAGUGACGCAUGACAGCAGGUGGGUGGGAGUCAGACUUUGGUAAUAAUAAAAUUUAUUCUCACACAAAUCUA